GUGAGCCUUACAGCUCCUCGAAAUAUGCGUCUGAUCUACUUAGUUUAGCCCUAAACCGUCACUACAACAACCAGGGUUUGUACUCAUCAGUGAUCUGUCCUGGUCUGGUCAUGACUAACCUCACCUAUGGCAUUCUACCAUCAUUCUUCUGGACUCCCAUCAUGCCUAUAAUGUGGCUUAUAAGGAUAUUCACCAACACUUUUACCCUCUCACCUUACAAUGGAGCAGAGGCUUUGUUUUGGCUGUUCAUGCAGAAACCUGAGUCACUGGACCCGAUGGCCAAAUACCACAGUUUGACCUCUGGACUUGGAAACAAUUACACUCAGCCACACAAGAUGGAUAUUGAUGAAAACAUGUCCGAGGCCCUCUAUGUGAAGUUAUUAGAACUUGAGGAUACAGUGCGGAAGAAACUGAGAGAUGAGGAUCUAGAUAUCAAAACAAAAAACUAA